AUGAACAAGAUAAUAGGAAAAGAAGGAUUUAUAGGGUUCCUUGCAAAGAACUUUUUCAAGAGAGGAUUGGUAAAAGACAUAAAGGGAGCAAAAGACCCUUUACAAGAAUCAAUCGAAGAUACGUUUGGUACAUCGAAACAACUACUAGACUCGUGCAAAAAGAUCAACAACUUUACAACAGACUAUAAAGAAUCGAUUGCUGGUAAUGUCAAAGUACUCAAUACACUCAAAGACAGUAUCAACAAACAAUUGGAUCUCGAGAAAGAGAUAGAGGCUGAAAUGUCUAAAGCAAGACACGAAAAGUUUGCUUCUCUACAACGUGAUAUCGAUCAUCUAUCAAAAGACAUAACAAAUACAUCACAAUUUAGAGAAAUUAAAAAGUUUGAUGAUCGUAUCUCUAAACUAUUUGCUCUACAAACUUUAAUCAUCGAACAAGAUAAUAGAAAUAAUCGUCUUUUAAAAUUUAAUGAAGAAGAUGAUGAAAAAGAAAAUAAUAAUAGUAGUGUAAAUAAUAAUAAUAAUAAUAAUAUAGUAGUGGAUGAUAUUGAAGUUGAAGAUUAUCAAUCACAAGUUUCAACUCUUGGAAAGGAUAUUGAAAGUUCAAAUAUAUUGAAUCAAAAAGCAAAGAAUCAUUAUAAAGAAACUAUUCAUUUAUUAUCUUAUUCUUAA